AUAAGGAAUUCCUUGUGCAGCAGAGGGACACAAGACCCCCUUUUCACUGACACGCACUUGAGAGGUAAGGAAUAACGGAUUUCAUCACCAACAAGAUGGGACUUCUUUCCUUUGUACGACAACGCCUUGGACUAUCGUGUCUGUUCUUGGUACUUUUUAUCAUGGUACUUGUAUGCCCAGAUGUUUCGAGUGGGAACAAACUUCGAAUGAUGCUUCAGAAAAGAGAAGCUAAGGAACCUGCAAAAUCCAUUGUAUCUGUAGACGGGAACAAAGCUAAUGAGUUUUUGAACACAUUAAAAAGAUCUAAGCGCCAGUUGUGGGAUAGGAGUCGCCCUGAGGUUCAGCAGUGGUACCAACAUUUCCUCUACAUGGGUUUUGAUGAAACAAAAUAUGAAGAUGAUGCUGAUUACUGGAUGAAUCAACGCAGAGCUGGAACUGAUUACUACGGUGGUUUUUACCACCACCACUAUGACGAGGAUGCACCAAUUGGACCGCGCAAUCCAAAUACUUUCAGACAUGGAGCCGGAGUGAAUUAUGAUGAUUAUUAACCUUGCCCUAAAAAUAAGAAGCAGUAGGCAAAGCUUUCAGUCAAAUUGGCAAUGAUGCAUUUGUUAGCAUUAAACCUGUGAAGUUAAAGAGAACAGCUAGGGUCUAUGUAACUAAUCACUUUAUGAUGUCAUACUUUAGUCUUGUUGCAUAACAUAUUUGUGCAUGGUCACAUUUAGCAGUGCUAAAUACUUGUUAUUCACAUUAGCGGCAUGAAGAAGGCAUUACUAUUU